AUGUCUUUCAUUCCAAGGUAUUGCCUAGAGACACCAACUAGUUACAAAAAUAAAAUACCUUAUGGUAACAAUAGUGAAACAGGAAAAUACGUUGUAAAUCACAAUACAAAAAUUUAUUAUGAAAUGUACGGUCAAGGAAAACCAAUAGUUGUUUCACAUAGUGGUGUUAUCGGAUCAAUCCAAGAAAUGGGUGAACUUAUUGAUAAUUUAUCAAAGAGUUAUCUUGUAAUUGCCAUUGCAACUAGAGGACAGGGCAAAUCAGAAAUAGGCAAUGAUAUUCCUAGCUACGAGUUGAAGGCAUCCGACGUUAAGGCUGUUGUUGAUGCUACAGUAAAAUGUCCAGUAACUUUAAUUGGAUUCAGUGAUGGUGCUUACAUUACAUACUUCUUUGCUGCUCAAUAUCCUGAGCUUACAGAAAAGAUUGUCUGCAUCGGAGCAGGAGAAUGGAAAAAGAAUUGGAGAGUAAUUCCGGAAUUUGAGGUAUUUAGAAAGAGAGAUGAAUUAUAUUGGGAAGAACAGAAGAAAAUCCGUCCAGAGCCUGAUAAAAUGAAUGAAUGGUAUCAACCUCUUAAACAAUAUUAUGAAAGUUUGAUAAUUGGCGAAGAAAUUUUCGGUAAAAUCCAAUGUCCAACACUUGUAAUGGCAGGAGAUAGAGAUCCUAAUGCUCCUUUGCAAGCAAUUGUUGAUGCCUUCAAAAUGUUGAAAAAUUCGCAAUUGUCAAUCAUUCCAAAUGCUUACCAUGCAGUUCUCAAUCAGAAUUUUGAUCAAGCAUUCCCAAUCAUUCUCAAUUUCAUUACGAAAUUUGAAAAUUAG